UUCAGACAUCUGUAACCGGAAAUUCGAAUAUAUGGUGAAAUACGUAUCUUUCCCUCACGCGGAGAAAUUUAAUAGAAGAAUACAACUCGUGUUCAAAUCACGCCAGAAAUUCACCUAGAAAAGAUUGUCUUGUUUUUGUAAAAGGUAUAUUAUUAUUUUCUAUACAUUGCUCUAUAUUUCUUCGCUUUAUCUACGCUAUCACAAGGAUGUUUUAGUGUAUAUGGCUCAAAAAAAUAUCUCCGAAAACAUGUAUUACAGUGGUAAUAGAUUGUAGAGUACAUUAAAUAAACCGCUCUAGGUUUUCCGUUUUGUAGUAUCUUUUAGUAAGAUCUGUUUUAUUUUAGUCUGUAUAACAAAGCAAAGUAUACAAGAAUGAUCUAUCCUUCAUAUAUAUAAGGAUUAAGUUUCUUACCCAGCUUAAAAUAGGGAGAUCAUUUUAUCUAUUUGCGUCUUGGGUUUGGUCCAUUUAACUAUUUUUCUCACUUUUUGCUAUAUAAUCUUAAAUUUGUGGUUUCCAAUAUAGACGUAUUUAAGUAUUGGUAUUUCGGGGUUUAGGUGAAACCCAGAUCGAGUGUUUUUGAGGAGUGGUACGUUUUUGAUAUCACAGCACUCAGUGAAAUAUCUAAAUUUCUGGCUAUAUAUUUAUUGUGUUGAGUGUUGACUUGUUAUAUUGUAAACUAAACAGCUGAAGUGAAGAUCUGUUUGUAUUUUCAGUCAGCUGGAAUUCUGCUUAAUAUCUUCUCAAAUAACAUGUUUGUUGAAUAUUAACCCAUUUAAGUUACAUUGCAUCCCAAUGUGCCCUAUUUUUAAUAUUGUUUUGCUCUGUUUAACGCCAGAUGGAGAGUGCUGGCCAGCGCUCAAUGGGUUAAAUUUAAGUUCACUUGAAGUUCAAAUAUUAUUAUAAAGUUUCAUCAGAUUUGGUUUUCUGAUGUCAAACCUGUGGAUACAAACCCGGGACAACCAGUGAGCUCCAUACACUGUAUAUCUGGAGUGAUAACUUGAGUCCAACAUGAGGGAAAUUGAUGUCAUUCCAGUCCCUUUGUAUUGUUUUUGUCGAGGUUUUUGUCUGUGCGGUUCACACGAAGCUGGCAAGGAGUGUGCCAAAAUUUCAUAUUUUGACAUCAAUUUAAAGAAUAAUACUAUGGUUUGAUAAAAUGAUCAUUUGUUUAGCGACACAGUUGUUUACAACCUUCAUAUAGCUGUUGGACGUCAAUUUCCUCCAUCUUGGCUCAGGGCGCGAAAUAAUGGCUAGAGGGUCGCCAGUCAAGGUGACUGGCCAAUUCAAUUUUUGCUCGGACAUACCGAAUUUCUGGCAGGUCAAAUUAUUCAGCCUAAAGCAAAGCCUAGUAAAGUAUACCCCUAAAAAUGUGACUAUUUUCCCAGCAUAGCAUUGCAAAAAACCUUACUGUAAUCAGUAAUUUUAAAACGUCCUUCACAUAAAACAGCUUGCACUGCGCUAAAAGCAUGGCCUUAACUCAUGGCCAUUGGCUUUGUGACGCACUGUGUGAGAAAGCUGCCGUAGCUACAUUCGGAAAUUCUUUUCUCGCAAAAUAUUCAACAAUAUGUUAUGGUUCUUAUUUAUGAUAUACUUGACAACUUUAUUUUGAUUAUUAAUUAAAAUGAAGAUUAGUUUGUUCUUUUACCGAAAGUGAGCGGUCAAAAUGACCGGCAAGGUAAGAAUUUGACCUGACAACUCCGCAUUCUGGCCGGACAUUGUCCGUUGACCGGCCGUUAUUUUGCGCCCUGUGGCUGAAUGACUGAAGUUCUUAGUUGGCUGAAUAACUGAAGUUCUCUAAUUUGUAUUUAUGGAAAGGAGAUUUGUCAUGACAUUUUAUGUAAAUCGCUUUUGGUUAUGGCUAUUCAUUUGACUUCAAAACUUGACAUGGAAUUGGCAAUUCUAUCGGCAAUUAUUUUCAUUGUUUUGUAUCUGGUUUAUAUGUUAGUUGGUGAAGGAUUUUGUUGUACUGCCUUUUUACUUUUGAUAAUUUGCUUGACAGAAUUUACAAUCAUGUUAUAAAACUCAAAACUGCAUAUAUUUUAUAUGCCAUCCCGAAAUAACCUUAAAAAAUCUUUUUGCCACUUCUUUUUCAGUUCCCUUGGGGGGUUGACAGUUUUAUUUGUCCAUUCCCAUGGCAGGGAGGGUGAAUUAAGACUCGGGAUCAUAAUAGGUGCAUUACAAUAUUGAUUACAGUAUAUAUAAAUGUCUAGGAAGCACUUGUAAAAAAAACAGAUUUUACCCUGUGAUUGCACUUCUUCCAGGAUUCCUUUGACCACUUCUUGUCUACCUUAUUGCAAAACAGUCAAUGUUUUUUUCCAAAUGUGGAUCAUGUGAUAACCUCUCCCCUAUUGUAGAAAAAAACAUCUGUCCUCUAUCAUAGAAAGUGUCUAUGAUUGCAGGAUGGAAUCUCUCAUACAAUAAUCCUGAAGACAAAGCCUGGCCAGUCUUCAGACACAUACAGUAUAACCCAUUAAGUUGCAUUGCACCGGCCCUACUUUGUUAUUUUACUCUGUCUAAUGCUAGGCGAUUUUACUUGUCAAGGGGACUGGCGCUCAUUGGGUUAAUCAGACUAGACAUACAUUAACCCAUUAAGUUGUGUUGUGCUUUUUUAUUUUACUCUGUCAAAACUCAAAAGCCAGAUGAUCUUAAUUGUGUCAAGGGGAGAGCAACAGCGCUCAAUUUGUUAAACACCAAAAGAAAAGUUCUGAUAGAGUAGUAAGGUUCUGGCUAAAAGCAAGUUACUUCCUAGAAUAUCACUUUUAAUUUGUCUUCUGUCUUUGAUAUUGGUUUUAUCUGUAAAGAAAGAGCAGCAUGGGAAAUUGUAGCCUGCAUGCUGCUUCAACCUGAAAUGUUGUAUUUAGUAAAUUCGGGUUGAGGCUGCACACAGGCUAGGGAAAUUGCACCAUACUUAGUCUUAUCUCUGUGGGCUGUUCUUAUGGUAGUUUCAUUUCGGCACUCUUGGGGAGCACUGUUGUACAGCUUGUCUAGAUUUGUAAAGUGUCUAAUGUCUUCUUUAAAUUACCAUACCUGUUGUUCUUUGACUUGAUUGAAAAACAAAUUGCAUCACAUGAAUAUAUAUUCAAUGUCUAUCUAAACAGUCUCUUAUUGAAGAUCUUUUAAAGAACUUUGUAUAGUAGUUGGCUUAUAAAACGUUUUCCUGAAUUUUUUUGCUCCCAUACUAAAUUGGGAGUCUCUUAUUGCUCAUAAGGCAUCUUUUUUUUCUUAAUUUGGCAUUUUUCACACCUCUCAAAACUAUUUUCAUGUAUCUUUUAACCAUAUGCUAGUCCUUCCGUCCAGGCCUUGAAUUUCCCUGAAAUCAAUCGACGGCAAUGCCAAUGGCGUUAAAAAUUGCCGUAGAACGUAACAGCUGUCUAGGGCACUUCUGGCAGUUUCCACGGCAUUUUUUCAAAUUACUGUAAUAAAAAUUUUAUUUUAUUUUUACUUUGGAUUGUUGACAAGCUAGAAACAUGUUUACGUAUUUUUCUUUUAUAGUGUUUUUUUUCGAAGAAAACUGAGACUAAAAUAGUAAUUUACGCAUGAUUUGAUCAACAUCUGAAUUCAAGUAUAUCAAAAUAGUAAUGCAUGCACAGUGAAUAGUAUAAAAAUUACACUAUACGGCAAAAAAUUGCCGUUGUUGCCGCAGUGAUCCACGGUAUUCUGUUCUCACUCUACUGCAAUUGCCGCGAUAAAAUUCGAGCCCUGCCUUCCACAGAGGAUUCUCUCCAACAUCCUUUUAUGUCUUUUGAUCCAGAUAGAAAACGCAUCCCUCUUUAUCUGUAAUCACAGUUUAAGAGGAGAUUUUUUUGUAUGUUACGUAACACGCGCUCAAAACUAAUGCAUAUAGGUUAUGACUAAAUUCAAUUUUUUUUAUUUUUCAAUACGUUUCUCAAUCGGCAAACAAACUUAAAAAAUAUGUUUAGUGCUUUAUCUGUAAAAUAAUGCUAAAAUGAAGAGAUUUUAGAUGGUACGCCAAAGAGAAAAUGAUGUCUGAAGUUCAGUAAGUUUUGCUUAUAUGGCUAAUAUGGCGUCAAUUUUAAAGCAUCAUUGAUAAUUGUAUUUUAAUUGACAAUUUUUAACUAUUAUUUUAUGGUUUUCAACCGGCAGAUGCAUUUAAAAAGGUAGCUAACUCUAUAAACUAGAGAAUAAAGCUAAAACAAAGUAGCCUAAUUUUGAGAGGAACGCCAAAAAGAUUUUAGGUUUUGAACACUUUUCAUUGCAAAUACGUGACAUUGAAAAAAAUUGCCUCUUACUGUCGUUCCAAUUGAAGUGUUGCUCAAAUAUUAUUCAAUACAUUACCUCGGGCUGACCAAUUCAUUUGAUCAAGUUCCUCGAGAUAUUCAUACACUUCCUGUGAAAGAGCCAAUUCCAAGUAUUUGAUCAUUUCUGGUCACUUCCUUUCUAUUUAUAAUUGGUUAGUUGCACAAACAACAAAGGUGAUUGGUGCAUUCAAACUAUUCAACAGGAAGUUUACAAUUAUACUAGGAAGUGUAUGAAUAUCUCGAGGAACUUGAUCAAAUGAAUUGGUCAGCCCGAGGUAAUGUAUUGAAUCAAUAUUUGAGCAACACUUCAAUUGGAACGACAGUAAUCUCUAAUGACUUUGUUUGUUUUUUUUCUAUUAUCUUUGCAGUUCUUUACAUUGUUCCUCUUCGUUAUCUGGGGGUUUAGGUUUCAGUCCUUUAUUGUUCCUUUCUUGCUAUUUUCUCAAUACCUGUUGUUUCUUUAUUUUCGUGUCAGUUCUUGAAGUCUGAUCUUUUUAUCCCAGAUUCCAUUGUUCCCCUCUCCAGGUUUUUUUAUUUAUCCAAGACCACGUUUUUCUGCAUUUCUCUGCUCCUAUAUCAGCAACUUUCUUAUUCUUGCCACGACCUACAGUCCUACACUAACACAGACCUGCUGAGGUGUGCACACCUUAAACACCUUGUUUUCUAAGUUUUUCCACUACUCCUCCACAUAUACUGUACUGUAGGAGCAGGGUUAGGGUGAUCGGAAAAAAUUGGGUGAUUUUCUCUAAAUCUUAACCCUGACCCCCAGUGGUGUGACAAACUCAAUAAUUGGGGGGGGGUCAAUAUUCAUAUAUUCGUGUUCACAGACCUUAAAAACAAUGUUCAAAAAUUUUGUGCGUAUUGGACGUAUGCUUUAUACGAUAAGCAUACUCUAGGCACACGCUAAAUACGCUAGAGGUACGCCAGGUUUACGGUACUCAUACGCUGGCAUUUCAAAGGAUUUUUGUGCGUAUGAAAAUUAUUUCGUUAAUUUUCAUACGCUUCUCAUACGUUUCUCUCAUACGCAAUAGUGUGACAGGGCCUUUAGACUGACUCGAUAGUCUGACUGACAUGCAGCCAUUUCGUUUCUUUGUUGUUUUGGUCAACUGUUGGACCAACAUGUUGGGUGGUGUUGGACUGGUUUUGAAUGGGUCUGACGCGAUUCGACAACGCGACGCGAUUUUUCGAUUUUCACUGACCGAUAACUUUGAUCCUAGUUUAAAUUUUCCAAAUAUUUAGAAGCGCUAUAACAUUUUGAGUUAUUUGGUCUACAUAUCUCUCAAAAUUUGCUCCCAUUGGCUGUUUUAUUAACUUUCAAAAACUAAAAAAUCGCGUCGCGUUGCCGAAUCGCGCCUGGUGUGUCUGGACCUUUAUGCUGGUUUCAGUGCUGAGUGGAAGAUUUUUAUUUAGAUAGUUGUAUGAAUCAAAAGAAUCCCAAACCAACUCUUGGAGGACAGCGGAUCAAGACCCGCAAAAGAGGUGAAGUCGAUAACUUCCUUAAACAAUAGUUUUAUGUCAGUGUUAUAUAUUUUUAAUUUUGUAAUAUAUUUUUGAUGAAUAAAUAAAUAUUAACAUCUUACUUACGUUUAGACGAAAAAGAAAAAUACGAUCCCUUAGGUUUUCGUGAUUCUGUUAUUACUGGCCUAGAAAAAUCUGGAAAUGAUUUUGAAAAUGUGAGUAAAAAUUCCACACCAAAUUAUUUUGUGCAUAUUUAUAUGACACAUUGCGGAUUUGCCCAUUGAUUUUGUUUGUAAAUAAACACUGCAUGUAAGGACCUUUGGGAAUUGGCUUCCAGGUUUUGAAGAUCUCGUCUUGGCCUACACGUGCACCAAAUUUCUUGAAACUUUGAUAGCUUGUGCAAGACAGUCCAUAUUUUGACUCAGUGUGUGUGCAAGGCCUUUUUUUUUGGGGGGGGGGGGUAGUAACAGUUUUCUGGCUACUCCAAAAACGCUCGCAUUUUAGUGCUAGAUGUACCAGAGAACGUUAAAGUACAUAGGCUUACUGAAAGUUUUCGCAAAUGUCGCGCGCAUCUGACUUUGGUGAACUUUUUCCAACUGUAGUUUUUUUAUACACCCUGUAUAUGGGCAUGGGUGGCAACCACUGAAAAGAUGUAUUAUCAUAUAUACAGAUAUAUUGAACUGUCAGGCAUGUUUUCAAUUUACUUGUCUUUGUUAUUCAUUGUACUGUGUUAUAUUUCUUCACAGGUAUCGGCAUUCUUAGACAAUCCCGGAAACAAACUGAAUUACCAUGCCUAUGGUGAACAAUUGUUUGAAAUCCUCAUUGCUGGUGGAUUAUUAGGUGACUAUUUAUUUUCCAAGAUAUUCAGAGAAACUUGACCAUUAUUGAUUAGCUGCUUACUAUUUCAUACAGAUGUACAAUUUCUGAUCGGUUGAAGAAGCCUGCCGUCUUCUAAUCUCUCAAAUUACACUACCUGUGAUGGGAAUGCUUACUGCUUUAUAUAUGUAGCAUACUAUACAUGCUUACUUGAACUUGAUAUUUUAAGACUUUAUGAGCCAUUCCUUGAUUGGCAUUAAGCGUGAGUGAAAGUACGAUUUUCUACUUUUUUCUAAACACAUUUUUUCGUUACAAAGCCCCUGGUGGCAGUAUUAUUUUAGAAGGUGAAAAGCCCAAAACUUCAAUAUGUGUGUUUGAAGCAAAUGAAGACAGUGCGACUCUCAGGUCUUAUGUUCAGGUAAGGAUCUUUCAAGUUAAAAAACAUAUUCGAUAAUUCAUACAGGAAAGAAAAACUGGCCUGGCGUGAAUAAAUACGAAUCUGCACUAUAUUUAAAGGGACCUACUGUAUUAAGUUUUCAAGUUUGGCUUUGUUUUUCUAGUUGUAUCAAAAGCUUAUUCGAAGGUUCAAAUACCUUCAGAGAUCAUUUGACGAGGUCUUGGAUAAGGUGGGUAUAUACUGUUUGCUGUGUUUGUGGUUGGAUGUAAGCCUCGGUUAAACGAGGAGGGGGUUGAUGAGUGUUGGUAGUCACGCAUUGUUUCGGGGAUAUUUUAAGCUCUAGAUUAACAAAAUAAAGGUUUGUAAGUGUUCCAACUAUGUUUUAACAUAUAUUUGCUGUGUUGGUGUGGUGUACUCAGGUGAAUAAGAUGCUUGUGAUGUUACUUGUGAUGUUAUGAGUGUAUAUCCACACCGGGCAGGCUUGAAAAAUAUGCCUGGCCACGGUGGGAAUCGAACCUACGACCUUUGGAAUAUACCGGGUGGCGCAAAAAAAAGUACAACUGUUUGAUUACUUGUAACUCAGAAACAAUAAGCAGUAGAACCAUAAAUCGAGUUUAACUGCAUCCAGCGAUAUCUAACUUAAAUUUUGGUAUAUUUGACAGGCAUAUUCGUCCAAGAUUAACUGAGAUAUAAGAGUUUAAACUUUUGUUAACAAUUUUGAAACGGUCACAAAUUAGCUAAAAAUCAGUUUCAUAGGCCGUUUUUAGCUAAUUUGUGACCGUUUCAAAUUUGCUAACAAAAGUUUAAACACUCAUAUCUCAGUCAAUCUUGGACGAAAAUGCCUGUCGAGUAUACCAAAAUUUAAGUUAGACAUCGCUGGAUGCAAUGAAACUCGAUGUUGGGUUCUACUGCUUAUGGUCUUUGAGCUAUAUGUAAUCAAACAGUUAUACUUUUUUUUGCGCCACCCGGUAUUAUUAUAUUAUUACAGGGCGCGAAAUAACGGCUGGGGGGACGCCGGUCAAGGUGACCGGCCAACUCAAUUUUAGUUUGGACAUACCGUAUUUCUGGCCGGUCGUAUUAUUCAGCUUAAAGCAAAGCCUAGUAAAGUAUACCCCUAAAAAUGACUAUUUUCCCAGUAUAGCAUUACAAAAAGCCUUACUGUAAUCAGUAAUUAAAAACUCCUUCACAUAAAACAACUUGCACUGCGCUAAAACAAUGGCCUUAAUUAACUCUUAAGCCAAAAGCAUGGCCAUGGGCUUUGUGACGUACUGCGUGGGAAAGCUGGCGUACAUUGAAGUUCUUUUCCCGCAAGAUAUUGGAUAACAUGUUAUGGUUCUUAAUUAUAAUGCUUGACAACUUUGUUUUGAUUAUUAAUUCAAAUGAAGAUUAGUUGUUUGUUCUUUUACCAAAAGUAACCGGUCAAAAUGACCGACAAGGUAAGAAUUUCACCGGACAAUUCCGCAUUCUGGCCGGACAUUGUCCGUUGACCGGCCGUUAUUUCGCGCCCUGUAUUAUUAGAUUACACUGAUAUCGAAGGAACUAGACUCAGUUCCGAAAUAUCGCAUACUCGAACCGACCUGACCGCGUAGCUCAGUUGGCAGAGCAUUGGGCUAGUAUUCCAAAGGUCGUAGGUUGGAUUCCCACCGUGGCCAGGCAUAUUUUUCAAGCCUGCCCGGUGUGGAUAUACACUCAGAGUAACAUCACAAGCAUCACAUGUUUUAACAUAAUAUAUAGAAGACAGAAGACAUGAUAGUGUUGGAAAAGCAAUAAAAACAGCUAACCAAGGUUGCGUAACUGCCAUGCACUCUCACCUCCUUUCAUCCGCGCUGAAAGUUGUUACCAAGUUGUUUGAUAUUUCUUUAAUAUGAUGUUGACAGAUAAUCGUUUUCAUGAAAGGUUUUACUGAGGAACAGCGUAUGAAACUUGCAACAGUUUACGCUAUGAUUCUUGCAAAUAGUAAGUUCCUUAACAAAUCUAUUGAGUUAUCUUGUAUACAAAUAAUUUAAAAAUAGAAAUCAAAUAAGUUAAUACAAUGUAACAGUCAAUAAGAUGAACAUAACAACAGUAUAGUAUAAUAGUUUGUUACAUGGGGAAUCAUGCACUAAUGACCACGUACAGUACAUGUCUUGUACUCGUGUCCGGGUACUAUUUCCCGAGGAAAAUAAGAAGAAAAAAUAAACAACAUUCAUGCACGCAACAGUGAUUUCAUUAAUACAGUAUUCAUCGAAAUUCGUGUGUGUUUUAUCCAGUCAACUCAAUUUAUUUUACUUUACCAUGAAGUUCACUGGUUUUAUCAAAGACGCUCUUUUUGCACCAAAUAAUCUAUUUUUUAUUUUUUUAUUCAAAUAAUUCAAUAGAAUUUUAAUGAAGAACUUUUUAUUAAUAAAAGUUCUGUUCAUUAAAAUUCUAUUGAAUUAUUUGAAUAAAAAAAUAAAAAAGUCCGAAGACCAUAAUGAAACUGGAACCAAACAAUAUUUUUUCUAAGCCCAAGUUAAGUAAGAUUUGUCUUCUGCUAUUGUGUAGGUAUGACGCAAGGAACCUUCUUAUCAAAACUUAGAAAUGAACAUUUGGUUAAAGAAGGUAAAGUUGUUCUGUCACGAUAUCAAAAAGAAGAAGAGCACUUCGACAUGCCAUGAGAAGUCUGUUCUUCCAUAGGAUAGACACCAGAUGUGCCUUGCAUGUGACAAUUAUGUUGCUGUCUGCUGGGCGAAGAGGAUAACUUGCCCUGCACUCUACCCCCGCCCCCCACACACACACACUUGAUAGGGUCACCUGCUAAAAAUAGGGAUGCCUGCUAAAAAUAGGUACGCUUAGCGUACAUGCGCCCGCUAUCACUACGGUCAAGCAUUAUCUCUUGCAGUGAGCAUUCAUGUCCUUACGUGUGUUAUAAAACAAGAACACAAAGAUGGCGCGAGGGGCACUAGCAGUGAUAUAUGGGCUGUAUUUAUUCACAUUUUUACUGUUUGUUUAUUUACUAUUUACUUUACUAUUUACUGGAAAUAGCUUAUGAAUUUAAGACAAGUUCGACCAAUAAUAACAACAGUGAUGUGGCUAAACAUGUCAGCGUAAACAAGCGCAAUUCGAUGCCUCGUGCAAUAUGAUCGAACCAUUUAUUGGCAUUUCCGGUGAAUCCCAAGCUAAGAGUGAGUUGAACAGAUAUCCUUUUUGGAUUUGAUCUAGUUCAGGGUUCCAUACAGGCCUUAAAAUAUAUUUUACAGGGCCGUCUGACAAAAUGUCCGUUAAGUUUGGGUCAGACAUAUGUAUGAUGAUGUCCGAUGACCUUCAGUUCAGUUUGGCUCGGAAAUAAGACUGCAUGACACAAAUUAAUAUCAGCACAAUUUAUUAAUUCUGAACGGUAAAUGUUAUGAAUGUAUUAAAUAAUUUGUGUCAUUGUUCAUAAUUAUUUCCAAGCCAAAGUUAACAUGCUUGCCAAUAACAGCAGUUUCACAACUUCCACUUCAAAUUUCCACUUCGCUCGCCGCCUUAUGCUCAAUUACAUUAAAACAACAUCAGAGAAAUGUAUAAAAGUAUACAUUUCUCUGAUUCUCCAUUUAAUACACGAGCCUCUAGUCCUGGACUAUGGUACAUUUUGAUUUACGUCGGACAAACAAUAAACCUCAGUUUCACUUAGGUCGGACAGAAUGUCCGGUGGUUUCCUCUCUACGUCGGACAAAUUGCUGCUGUCUGAAGCAUAUAUGACAGCGACCCCAGGGAAAAGGUUUCCCAAGCUGCCUGACUCUGCAGUAUUGUAUUGCAGAUAUUUAAAAUAAAUAUUUUCUUUACAGGUAUAUCUCUUCAGUUCAUAACAAGAUUAUUUCAAGCGUGGUUGAAAGAGAAAAAAGAUGCAGCAAGUAUUAUUAGUACUUUGAAAAAGAAUGAAAUGGAUGAUAAGUUAUUGGUUAGUAAAUAGUAUACUAGGACACUGAAACAAUUUGAAUUUUCAGUUCUUUUAAUAAAUAUACAGUGACAAGGGGGGGGGGGGUGUAGCGACUUCCCCCGCCAAUGUUUUUCAGAGUGUAGUUUUAGAUACGUUCAAUGCGGACGAAUUGAACGUGUUGGGUUCAUACUGUUAAAAAAUGAUGUAUUAAGAACUUUACAUUUUUCCCCAAGUGCAUUCGCAGGAAACGCCGUUUCAGAGACCUAAAAUUCAUUUUCCCCCAGGGGAUCAUGCUGCCGGACCCCCUAUAAUUGUGACGUCACAAAUUUUAAAGUCCCCCCCCCAAAAAAAAAGUCCUGGCGGCGUGGGGUUCGAGUCCUACAAUACUUUACAUGUAUUUAAAUUCGCGUGGUAUUAGAAUAGACUAUUUUCGAAUUACGCUCUAGUUGACAAGUGCAAUAACGGGGCUUAGUGCUACGAACGAAGCCUCGUUCUCAGGUCGACCGUAAUUCGGAAAUGCCUUUUCGCGUAGACCAUGCUGUAGGACGCGAAAUUAAAACUGAGUGAAAAAAUAACUGAUAUUCUAUACUAACUAAUAACCAUAUAAUUUUCUAGGAUUUUUUCCCUCCCAAUAAAAGAACAAAUGAGCAAUUUGAAAAGCACUUUGUUGCAGCUGGUCUGCCAAAGCUGGUCGAAUUUCAGGUGACGGUUUGAGAUUUUUUCUUCAUUGAUGUUGUAUUAGAAAGGCAGUAAGGUUUCAUUGUGUUGUGUAUUUUAAUUGUUUGUUACAUUUCAUCUGUAUUUCCCACAGAAAGCUCAACAACACGUCGGAUCAAAGAAAGAGUUCCAGUCUCAAUUAUCUGAGAUGAUCGAAGCUAAAAUGCCCUUAAAAGAAGUAAGCUUUUGUCCAUCUUAUACAGCUGAGGUUAUAAAUGAGAAGCAGAUUAGCAAUAAACUUGGAAAUCUUUGUUCAUAAAUCUAUACUGAGAAAAAUAUCGUGUGUGGUCAUGUAUCUGUCUAGAGUUGUAGAAUACAUUCGGCGUUUCUAAAGUUGUAAUAUACAUUCGGCACUAGAGUUAUAGGCUACAUUCGGCGAGUUUGUAAUAUAUUAAGAGGAGAUUUUCAAAUCGCCUAUUUUUUCGCAAAAACGCUCAAAUCAAUGCGACCAGGCACAGUCCAGGAUUAUUACAGAUGUCAAACCAAGUGUAUGUCAAACAUGAUUUGCAGAAAGCGUAGUGUGGCAAUCUUGCAUUAUAAUGAUUCAUCCACACUCAGCCAUUUUCGUUGUAUUAAAGAAAAUAUUUCUUUGUGUAGAUCAUAGCAAACUGCAUUGAACAGAAGGGAAAAGGUAGUACCUUGACAGAAGAACAAGUAAUAGUUCUGGUAAGAAAAUUGAUCAAAUGCAGAUUUCCCAAAAGGGCGCUCUGAUUUCUUAAUUAAUUUCGCCAGCAAAUGCCAAGUAUUCAAGCAGAAAUUACACGUGCAUUAGUUGCGCAUGCAUUAGUUGCGCAUGCAUUAGUUGCGCAAUCAGUUCUAAGUAUUCAGGCCGGAAAAGCACGACAAACGUUUGUAUACAUUUCUCGUCCAAUUGUCAUAGAAAAUGAGCCAAAAUUUUAUCGAACAAACAAACAAACAAACAAACAAACAAACAAACAAACAAACAAACAAACAAACAAACAAACAAACAAACAAACAAACAGACAGACAGACAGACAGACAGACAGACAGACAGACAGACAGACAGACAGACAGACAGACAGACAGACAGACAGACAGACAAGCCAAAGUGAACACAUAAUCUUCUGUGGCUUGUUGUUCAAAGCUGGAUUAGCGCUAAGCCGCUAAUCUUGGGUUAAAAUUUAACACGCUGUUUUGGUUUGUGUAAUUUCUGCAUGUUAGUUUGUUUCGAAACUUUUAAAAAUAAAAUUUCUUUUGAUCCAGAUAUGAUUUCUGGAAAAAAUAUCGCCAAGAUGGAUUAUAAGCAAACUAUUGGAUAGUUAAAGGCACAGUUCAGACUAAAAAAACUAACUAGGAAAAUCAAUUAAGCAUAAUUCAAGAUUAGCAAACUUAAUGUUUUUAAUAUUUUAAAACAUUUUUAUUGUUUAUUGUUAAAAACAUUGAGUUUACUGAUCUUGAAUUAUGUAUAGUUGAUUUUCCUAGUUAGUUUUUUCAAUUAAAAGGGCUGAAAUGCGCCUUAAAAACCAUCAUUCAAAAGGCUGAACUGUGCCUUAAACAAAUAUAAAACAUUUUCCGUGUUGAUAUACAGUUGUAUCAACACGAGUGGAAAUUGCAUGGGAAAACGAGAAAUUGUAUGGAAACACGAUGCCCGGAGGGCGGAGUGUUUUCACACAAUUUCGAGUUUUCCCAAUUUCCACUCGUAUUGAUAUUUAACAAUUAUUCGCCGAAGGCGAGGUGAUUAUCGGGGAAUAUUCGCCGAGACGAGUCACCGAGCAUGAGGCGAAUAAUUGUUUUAGUAUUUUUACUCAAGCUUUUGUGUUUUUUGAGACUGAAUUUAUUUUAAUUUCGUUUAUUUCUUUGUCAGUAAACUUCCACAAAACAGGUAGCCGCCAUUUUGAAAAUUUCUGUUUUGUUAUAUUCACCUGUAGGUGUAUAUAACAAAACUGUAGGUGAAUAUAACAGCUUAUUACGUCAAAUUUGACUAAUCAACGUGUAGGAUUUGUUAUGUUCACUUGUGCAAAAAUACUAAAACUGUAUGUCAAUACAGAAAAAUGUUUUAUAUUUUUUAUAAUAUAGCACAAAGAAAUAUAAAGAUAAUUACAAAUUCCUAGAAAUUUUCCGUGUUGACAUUGAGUUAUGACAACACGGCUCUUAGCCAAUAAGUUUUCUGAAUUUACAAAUGCUAUAUUAUAAAUAGCUUUGAAGUUCUUUGGUAACCCAGGAUUAAGCUAACCAGUUUUCGAACAACUAGCCCUGGCAGAGAAAAUGAGACAGAAAUCCAUUAUAUACUCUUGUUAGACAUCAAUAUUAUUAUUUAUUUUCUCUCAAGACAUGGAAAGCAGUAAUGUCCUCUGUUGAAUGGAACAAGAAAGAAGAGUUGGUAGCAGAUCAAGCUCUUCGACAUUUAAAGGUAGGUUGGUUUAGGUAUAAUUGAAGGAUUUUGUAGAUGGAAAUUUCAUGUGUAAAUUUAUACAUUUAUUUAUACCUAAACAUGCAGGAGUUGCUGCGAAAAAUGCAACUAUAGGCCCUCUAGCGCGGCCGCUGGUUCGAUUCCUGCCAGAGUGCGGGCGCCUAUAAUCCAUUUUUCGCAGCUGCUCGUGCAUGUGUAAGGUCUAAUUAAAUAUAUAAAUUUACUCUCAAAAUUCAAUCUACAAAAUCCUUCACCAUUAAUGUUCAAUCGAGUGAGAUGCCCAAACUUCCUGAUAUUUAGAUAUGAUUAUCUUUAUUCAGUUGCUUUCUGCCAUAGCUGUUUGUUUAAUAAGAUGUGGCAUGGACGUUUAUUUGACACAGCUUUACCGUAAUCACAAUCUACAACAACAGAACAUUUGACCACAGAGUAGAUAAGACAUACAGAGACGUAACUGACCGUUGUAAACACUGCGGAAGAUUACGUUAUCAUGUACCCACUUUUUUUCAGGCGACCGGGCGAAAAAUGAUCAACUGCGCGUGCUCAGCAAGUUUAAAGUGAGUCGUCAUCAGGUCGUCAUCCAAUCAGAUGCAUGCAUCUAGUAACUUGCCGAGCAUGCGCACAAAAAAAGUGGGUACACUAGUUACGUCUCUGUAUGUCUCUACUCUGUGAUUUGACUUACAUUAUGGAUAAUAAAAUAAAUGGAUAGGACGUGACCUAAUGUUUUCAAUGGGCUGAUGGCGUGGUUGGAUGUUCAAACCUAGUUGCAAACCAAAUUCUCAAAAACGGCAUGUUUACCAAUAAUACAGCUAAACAUUUUAGUCAAAGAGCAAAUAAAUAUAACCACGCCAUUCUACGAUGAAAACUCUAAGUAUUCCCAGUCAAUUUUAGCAAAUAUUUCAAGCACUAAACAGUGAAAAAUACAUCGCAAAUUUCGUUAAAACUUGUGACGCCAAUUUCGUAGCUACAAAUGGAGAAAAAUACAAAACAAAGACGAAAAACAUUUACCUUGAAUACUUUGUCGUGGCUUAGGCAUGUUUUUAAAACAAUUAGACCAGUUUAUGCUUCAAUAUCACCCUUUUAAAGUGGAAAAUAUAGCAAAACAACGAAAAUGCCAAGAACUUUGGUAAUAUUCGCAAUACGCGUGACGUCACGUUUUUCAACAAGGACACAGAAUAGGAAGGUAUAGCAGAAGCGUAACUCAAGCAAGUAUUUGUCCGCGUUUUUACAAGCGAUUCGUCAUCAAUCACGCCAUCCUGGCUAGUACAACCGGCACUUUGUACCUACCAAAACCUGAUAAAAACUUCCGGUUGUACUAGCCAGGAUGGCGUGGAUUGGCGUGAGCGAGUUAAAAUUUUCCUGGACGUAAAACAAUAAGGGAAACGACUAGAGUUACGCUUCUGCUACACCUUCUUAUUCUGUGACAAGGAUGAGGUCAAUGACGUCAGGAAGUUUCCUAUCCAGUUAUUUUACAAUACAUGCUUACAUGUAAAAUUUGGGCACAAUGUCUAAUUUGGGCUAACAUUGCAUCCGCAGGAUAAUAUACAACCCCCGAUUCUUCUUUUCUAAUAGUUUCUGUAGUGUAGAGCUGUGCGCUUCCAAAAAUUUUAUAUCGGUUCCGGUUUUGGUUUUUUUGGAACAAAAAAACCUCGGUUCGGUUUCGCUUAUUUUCAAAAAAAGAAGAACAGUACAAAUGUAUGAACUCAUUUAUGUAUGUUUCGAGCAUUUUUACUAAAUAGAUGAAUUUAUGCCUUUGUAAGUUUUUAUAAAUCUCUGAAUAUUUUAAAAGAACAAUUGGAAUUUAUUUAUGAAGAUGAAAUAUUUCUUAGUUUUUAAAAAAACUUGAAGCAAGUGCACAACAAUAACUAUCACAACUAAAAUAUCAAAUAUUUGACCACUUAGUACAGUGCAUAUUGUGCACAAAGAGCACAAUCUUGUUAUUUUCCAAACAUUUCAACCUGCAAUCAGGUAGGCGUUUGGCGGGCGUUAAACGGGAAAUUAAAACCGAAACUAUAACCGGUUCUUUUGCGUAUAAUUUUUCGGUGCUGAAAAAAGUACCGGAAGAACCGAAUUUUUUCGGUUAAUCGCACAGCUCUACAGUGCAGUGUAAAUUUCUUCCCACGUUUUUCCCUCAACAUAUAUAGAGGAUAUUACACGACGGCGCGAAUAUAUGACUUUCAUCUUGGAGUGGUGAAACACGAGAAGAUAAAAGUCAUAUCUUCAAACUACCGUGUAAUGUUCUGUUUAUUAUAUAGUUCCAGGCAAAAAAUUGUGAAAUUUCACGCUCAAAAGCAAAUUGGAAAAAGUCACGUGAUGAAAAUAUCUCACUGUGUAUUUUUCAGUAUCUCACUCUUUACUAUAUAAUAAUUAGGUAUAUGCUCCAUUGCUCGCUGAAUUUGCUACAACCAACACAUCAGAAUUCAUACUGAUGGUCAAAAUUCAGGUACGUUUAACACUAUGUAAAAUCUUUCAAAUAACUUUCUGGAGCCGGUUGUUCAGAAACUGGGUAAACGCUAACCUUUGAUUAAAAUUUAACCAGUUGUUUCAUUUAUGUAUUUCCGCACGAAUGUUUACUUCAAAACUUUAUAGAAGAAACCUACUCAAUCCAGGCAAGAUUUCUGAAGACAUAUUUCCAAAUUUUUCAACAAGCUGUUUGGAAGUUUUCUUUGAGUUUUAGGUUAACGUAGGGUUGGAACAACUGGCCCCGGAAUAAUAUCUUUUAAAAAUUUUAAAUAAUGCUACACCACGAGUAAACUUGGCAGUGUGUAUUGUGACAGUUAGUGAACAGCUAAGAACAACAAAAACACUGAGGAGCUGAUUAGUUUUUCUCUGCACGGACAAUUUGACUACAUAAUAAACUAAACUUCAAAUACCUGAAAUUGUUAAGUUUUAUCAAUGUCCAUGUAAAUGGAGUGUAUGUCCUUAUACACUCGCAAUUUUUCGACAGCUGGUUGCUCUCAAAGAUCUUUGAAAAGUCUUUGAAAAUAGGCAGAAAAAAUCUUUGAAAGUCUUUGAAUUUUUUUUAUCUUGGACACUACGAACACCGCGGAAAAACGUCUGCGCAUGCGUCAACCUUACCUGUAAUAGUAUUGCGAACUUGAUGAGAAUUGAUGAGAAGCUGUUCCGAAUGUUUCCGAAAGCUCAAAAUGGCGGUAAAAAGGAGUGACUUCAUUGUGCGUCUUUACAGCCAGAUUUCGAGCGCAAAAAUAAACAUGUCAUUCUAAAAACUAGGAAUAAAUACAGCCAGAAGGUUCAAGAAAUUGUAUUGUACAAGAACAUGAACUAAAGGUGAUUGUUGACAAAUUUAUCGUCUGAAACAUUUUGUUUAUCAACUAAGCAACGACAAUUUCCGAAUUUUCGUUUGAGAUACAUUUCUUUAAAAAAAACUGUGUCGCCAAAUAUAAAAAAUUUUCGUGUUCACAAUAAUUAAACUUUAGGAUUUAUUCUACAAUUUGAGUGGGUUAAGAAGCUUAACUUUUCGAGAGUUUUCUUAACUUUUUAGUUUGAAUUUUUGUUUUGAAUAAUUUUGCAAAAUUUUUCGAAGUCGUGUCCGUUAAAAUCAACAAUUUUUUACAUGAAUUAUAUUUCAUUCCAUACUUUAAAUGCCAGGACGCUUUCAAUUAAUGUCUAGUCUACCCAUUUGCUAUAUUUUCUCGUUUGUUUUACUAAUUUUGACCAAUUAAUAAGCAUGUUUUUGUUUUAGAAAUUGAUAUUCAAAUUCCCCGCCAUAUUUUCAUAAUUUGGUGCAUGCGCAGACGUUUUUCCGCGGUGUUGACACUACGAACCCUGAGUAUGCCUUCGCGAUUGUGGUGCGCAUGCUCCAGAGCGCCACACUGUAGAACUAUGUCUGGUUUUCUUACCAGUCCAGAACAUAUAUAACGUGUUAACUUCAUGUUUUUUUUUCUGUCAGGAAUAUUGUUACGAUAAUAUGAAUUUUAUGAAAGUAUUUCAAAAAAUAAUCCUUCUCUUGUACAAAAGUAAGUUUUGUAAUUGCACAAUAACAAUGUUAAAUGCCCCAUAUAAUCAGUUAUUAAUGUUGACUUUAAUUAAAUUGAUUCAUGUACUUGUUAGUACUAUUUACAACAUGAGCGGCCGUGUUGUAUCGGAUAUACAAACUCGAACCGAAGGCGAGAGUUUGUAUAUCCGAUACAACACGGACGCGAAUGUUGUAAAUAGCUUAAAAAACGACUCAUCUUAUGAGUUCAUUGGCGAAGUAAUUUUAAAAAUAAACGUUGUCUAAGCCGAGAAAAUCAAAGUUAAAGUUUAUGUAAAUCAACAUGAAUCUGUAUCACGUAUACAGACUCCUUCACACCCAUGAUUUCUUUUGUGUUUUCUUCAUGAGUUAUUAAUGAGUUUUUUAAUAUCAUUAAAAGUUUGUUUGAUGGUUGUGUUUAGCUGAUGUUCUCAGUGAAGAUACCGUAUUGAAAUGGUACAAGGGAGAUCAUGCUGCCAAAGGCAAGAGUGUUUUCUUGGAACAAAUGAAGAAAAUGGUCGAAUGGCUUCAAAGUGCCGAAGAAGGUAAAUAUGUAUUUCGAAUAUUUACUUUCAGGCAACAAACAGAAAAUCUUCAUAUGAAACGGUAGAUUCGUUCUAUGGAUUCAUUUUAGAUUG